CAUUAACAUGACUGAGAACAAAAGAAACUAAAAAUGACGAUUCAGACACAAGCAACAAAAUAUUUUUUAAUCAUGGCAUCAAGUUCCUAGGAUCUUCACAGAGGUGAAAUCUUCAAUGGAGCGAUACAGAACUCUACAGAUUGUACAAAAAUCCCCAAGUUCGCGAGUCUUCCUUUUGUACCUUAAUCGUCCGUCUCAUCGCAACGCCCUCUCACGCGAAUUCUUCACUGAAUUCCCCCUCGCCCUAUCUUCUCUCGACCAGAACCCUGAAGCCAGCGUCAUUAUCCUCUGUGGAGCUGGUGAUCACUUCUGCUCUGGUAUCGACCUCAAAACACUAAACUUAAUCACCGACCAUUCUUCGUCCAGCGACAGAGGCCGUGCCAACGAGAGACUCCGACGAGAGAUCAAAUUCUUACAGGAUGCGAUCACUGCGAUCGAGCGCUGUAGGAAACCGGUGAUCGCUAGUAUACACGGAGCGUGUAUUGGCGGGGGUGUUGAUAUUGUGACCGCCUGUGACAUUAGGUUUUGUACUCAAGAUUCAUUUUUUUCUGUUAAGGAGGUGGAUUUAGGGAUCACGGCAGAUCUCGGGACGCUUCAGAGGCUGCCCAGUAUUGUCGGGUAUGGUAACGCGAUGGAAUUGGCUUUGACGGGUCGGAGAUUCUCGGGACAACAGGCCAAGGAGUUGGGUCUGGUAUCUCGGGUUUUUGGGUCCAAAGAGGAUUUGGAUGAGAGCGUCAAACUUAUUGCCGAUGGGAUAGCUGCAAAGUCUCCUCUUGCUGUUAUUGGGACAAAAGCUGUCCUGUUAAGAAGCAGGGACUUAAAUGUAGAACAAGGACUGGAUUAUGUUGCAACUUGGAAUUCUGCUAUGCUUUUAUCUGAUGAUCUAACUGAGGCUAUAAAAGCACAUAUCCAGAAAAGAAACCCCGUCUUUGCCAAGCUUUAACUUUGCCUUGAUGGCUUAUGCUAGAAACUGCACUUUUUUUGUUCUUUUUCCCAUCCCCCUUAGCAAAUAGAAUAAGUGGUGCGUGUUGACCACAAAUAAAGGAUAUAUUUCUUUAUCAUUUUUGUAAAGGAUCCUGUAUUUUCUGUCAGAUAUUCUUACUAUAACUGUAAUAGCCCUGAUUGUAUACUGUAUUUUCAUAUCAAUUAAUGCAGAUGAUAUAUCAGAACAUUGGUUAUUCC